AUGUUAGAAGACUACAUUAAUUAUGCAAAUCUAAGUUACAUCGACAAUGACGCCGACUUCCAGAGCUCACCAUUGUGGAAGGUGGCAGUUGUCCUCUACUGUUUCACGUUGGUCCUUGGCCUCCCUGGAAAUGCCUUUGUUCUGUGGAUAGCAGGGCUGAAGAUGAAAAGGACAGUAAACACCACUUGGUUCUUAAACUUGGCUAUCGCUGACUUCCUCUGCUGCCUGUCUGUACCCUUCUCCAUCACGGAUAUAAUUCUGGAUUACCAAUGGCCCUAUGGUAACUUCUUGUGCAAAGUGAUUCCUACUGUUGUUGUCCUGAACAUGUUUGCCAGUGUCUUUAUUCUUACCUUGAUUAGCGUGGACAGGUUUCUGCAGGUCAUCAGACCGGUUUGGUCUCAAAACCAUCGGACCAUCACUCUGGCCUUCUGGCUUUGUGUCUCUUCUUGGGUAAUGGCUGUGGCCCUCAGCUUGCCCUCUGUGAUCUACAAACAAGCGGUUUUUCAUGACCUGCUGAACAAAACAGUUUGUACUUACAAUUUCUCUGGUUCUGACCACAGCCCGCUAAUUUCCCUGCUCCGGUUUGUUUUCGGAUUCUUGAUUCCCAUCUUCAUCAUUAUCCUGUGCUACUCAUUUAUUCUACACAAGGUGAAUAGCAGCCAUUUUUCCAAGUCUCAGAAGCCCCUGAAGAUCAUCCUUGGAGUCAUAAUGGCCUUUUUUGUCUGUUGGUCUCCAUACCACAUUAUUGGACUGGUGCUGGGAUAUGGCGAAGAGAUGUCGAUGUCUGUUUCGCUAGCACUCUAUAUUGAUCCAUUGUCCGUUUCCAUGGCAUACUUCAACAGUUGUCUAAACCCACUGCUGUAUGUGUUCAUGGGGCAGGACUUCAAGGAGAAGGUCAAACUCUCUCUUAGGCGUGUCCUUGAGAAUGCUUUCAGCGAGGCAGCCACACAUUCUGGGGUGCAUUCCCAAGGAGAGCAUUCACGGGCCACAAAUACCUCUGAAGCUCAGGUAUAAAGAGUUUACGGUACAC